GUCGGAAAUUCCAUAAGGAUGUUGCAAUCGAGGCACUGACAUGUGGCAACUACAUCCAGGGACCGUGACCAAUGUCAUACGUACCAGGUGAUCGUGAAUUUAUGCGAGUUGAACAGGGGAGAACCGCCCUGAACCGUCACUACGUAGGUUUAUACCUCACGCAGCGGCCACGUACACGUCCGUUUCGAGUCUUCGUCGAGGAAGAGCCUGAGCGAACAACAUGGAGGUCUUCUAUCACGUGUUUCUGGGUUCGGUUCUGUUGUUGUCUGGCAGCCACGCCCGCUCGACCCCAGGGAGCAACAGCAGAGUGAUCAAUUAUGCGAGACAUUAGAGCCGAAUGUGUCAAGAAGCUGGACAGGUGUGCCGCCAUCAUGACACCUGACGAGAAGAUGGAGGAAAAACUGCGACUCACUGCCCUGGCCUGCGUGCUUGACGUCACCGGGAUAGACAUCAAGAAAGCGUCAUCACUUCCUCGAAUGGGUGACUUGCCCAAAGGACCUCUGAAGGAUGUGAAAGCCUGUGUAGGGAAAGUGAUGAUCGAGUUCCUGACGGCGGCGACGGCCAAGGAGGAGGAGAGCGUGCGGACAGCCGUGCUCGAGUCCUUCGUCAAAUGCGAUAUGAUCGGAAUGAGGAGCUGCAUGUUGAACGAAUGCAUGGAAGCUCUUCCUGACGCGGCCGAAGGACAGCUCGAGUAGAUUGCUCGAAUCUUUUUAUGCUGACUAUAUAUAUAUAUAUAUAUAUAUAGUAUAUAUAUAUA